AACACGGCGGGAAAAGUGAGGCAGGAACAGACCGGUUUUGACAGCUUACUUCAUAAUUUCUACUGAAUCGGUGUGGCAACGGUUUCCCGUUGAUCGGCACAUGUUGGCUAUAAAUUCUGUUAUAGUGUCGCGCGCUCUUUAUCCCAGCUCGGCUCGCGCACAUCGAGAGGACGCGCCAAUCCAAGCACCAACCGCUUCUCGACCGUUUCUCUCUCUCUCUCUUUAUAAUUCCGUUUUAUUUUUAUUUUUUUCUUUUUCAUUUCUUUCUCACACGACAGGAGUUAAUUCAUACUCGGUACCAUGCAACGUUUCUAUGGAACCUCGCAUCUGUUAUUGACUCUUCUGCUACAGCUGGUACCUGCGCAGAUUUCACCCACUCCAGAAGACGAUGCUCCCAAAGAAAUGACAUUCCAGGAGGUGUGGGCAAAGAGCACGUGUCAGCCUAUGGAGCUCUUGGUGGAUGUGGAGCAAGAGUUCCCUGGAGAAGUGGGGUACAUCUACAUGCCUGCUUGUGUCCCACUUUUGCGAUGCUCUGGUUGCUGCGGGGAUGAAAACUUGGAGUGUUAUCCUACCCUUAAACGCAACAUCACCGUGCAGAUGAUGAGGAUCACUCCCCAGAUAUCUAAUAAACAUGUGCAACUCACAUUUGUAGAGCACCAGAGAUGUGAUUGCAGAGCCCGUCCGAAAAUUAAAAAGAAUAAAAGAGGCAGUGUGUCUACCAAGAGUAACCCUCGGAGGAUGAAACCCAAGAAGACAGCAAACAGCUGUGGCAAGGCCACAGAGAAUAUAUAGCACAAUAAUCCAAGGCUCCAACCAGGGACUGCCAGUGUGAAGGUUUAGUCUGAAAAUAACUAAAUCCACAUACCUGGAAAACAACAUCAACUUUGAUAUUGUUUGUCUGUGGCUGCUUUUCACAUCCUGUAAAGAUCAACAUGUGUCUCUCUGUGUUUC